GUAGCUACAACUUCUUUCUGCCUUUCAUGCGCCACUGCGACAAGCGCACGACCUAGCAAACGGCUGUGGACUACGCAAGACCACCCCGGGAUGAUGUCACCCUCCCCAACGCCCCUCCACCGGUGACCCUAAACCACAGCACAAGCGAUGUUCACCUUCAAUCCUCUCCUCGGCGCGCAGUCGCCAUCGCGCGCCUCCCAAUCCCUCCUCGAAUUCAGCGGCGGCAUCAAGAUCCUCGUCGACGUCGGCUGGGACGAGAGCUUCAAUGCCUGGGACCUGCAAGAGCUGGAGAAGCACGUGAACACGCUCAGCAUCAUCCUCCUCACCCACCCGACCCUCACACACAUCGGCGCCUACGCGCACUGCUGCAAGCAUGUUCCCGGCUUCAGCAGGAUCCCGGUGUACGCGACGACGCCGGUGGUCAAUCUGGGGAGGACGUUGAUGCUCGAUCUCUACGGCAGUAGUCCUUUGACUGCCUCUACUCUGUCGUUUGGCAGUCUUUUGCCUGUUUCAGAAGCGGAAUCAGAUCGCGCCAGCCUCUUGCUGCAGCCGCCGACGCCCGAGGAGAUUGCGUCGUAUUUUGGCCUCAUCAACCCUCUCAAGUACUCGCAGCCGCAUCAGCCGAUCCCUUCACCGUUCUCGCCUUCCCUCUCCGGCUUGACCAUUACUGCAUACAGCGCGGGGCACACACUAGGAGGAACGAUAUGGCACAUCCAACACGGGCUGGAAAGCAUCGUCUAUGCCGCCGACUGGAAUCUGGCUCGAGAGCGCUUCUUGCCCGCCGCAGCAUGGCUGAGCUCGGGCAGUGGCAUUCUUGACCCUUUACACCGUCCAACGGCACUCAUCUGCUCCAGCAGAGGCGUGGAGCGGGAAGAACGGCUCACCGUCGACACCCGCAACGACACCCUCAUCUCACUCAUUCGAGACACCAUUGCCCAAGGCGGAAAAGUUCUCAUCCCCACCGAUUCAUCGGCGCGAGUAUUGGAGCUUGCAUAUGUGCUCAACCAGCACUGGCGCAGCAACGUUGAUGGCCCGCACUCCAGUACCUACAAGAACACCAAAAUCUACAUGGCCUCGCGAUCUAGCUCCACCACCCUCCGCUACUUGCAGAGCAUGCUGGAAUGGAUGGACGGACAAAUUACCCGUGACGCGGAGGCGGCCAUCACACAGGGCCAGGGUGCCGGAGGCGCUGUCAAUCCGCUGGACUGGAAGUUUGUGCGGCCCAUUGAGAAGCAGACUCAGGUAGAACGGGCGUUAGCGAGGAGCAAACCAUGUGUUUUGCUGACAAGCGACACCACGAUCGAGUGGGGCUUCUCGAGGCAAGCCUUGGAAAGUCUCGCAUCGGACGCGAAGAACCUGAUCAUCUUGACGGAGCAGUCGCAGCAAGGCGGCGGGUCGCGAGCUGGUGUUGGUCGGCGUCUGUGGGAUUUGUACCAGGAUUCUCAGGGCUCGACUGCCGGUCAGAACGGGACGAAAGUUGUUGAUGCAAGUGGUGCUACCGUGGACAUACGCGAUGCUGCUCCCGAGCCUCUGAACGACGAGGAAACAGCCGUCUACCAGCAGUACCUGGCGAGACAACGACAAAUGCACAGCACAUUGCAAGGCGACAACACGCUCCUCGAUGGAACGGGAGCGGGCAUGGGAGACGAUCAGGCCUCCGAAUCCUCAGAGUCGUCCGAUGAGGAUGAAGACGCCGAGCAUCAGGGACGGGCGUUGAAAUUGUCAGCGCAAUUGACCUCAAACAAGCGUAAAGUCGGAGCUUUGACCGACAAGGAGUUGGGCAUCGACAUUCUGCUCAGAGGCAAGGCCGUCCACGAUUACGACGUACGCAACAAACGAGGUCGGGAGAGGAUGUUUCCAUUCCUCCCGCGCCGAUCUCGCGACGACGACUUUGGCGAUGUCAUCAAGCCGGAAGAGUAUCUGCGAGCGGACGAAAAGGAUGAAGGAGAGGCUUUGGAUGUCACUGGGGAGCAAGAAAGUACAUCAGUUGGGCAGAAAAGAAAAUGGGAUGAUUCUACCGUGUCCAAGAAGAACGCGCGCGGAGACAAGGCGGGCAACAAACGCGCAAAGGUUGAGCCGUCAGCGAAGAAAGACCGGGCCCCAGACGCCAUCGAUGCCCUCAUUGCCAAAGCUACCGGCGAGGCGAAAGCGGGCACCGGUGGCGCGAAUGGCGCGGGCGCCGCAGAUGAUCAAAGCAGCGACAGCGAGGAGAGCGAGUACGAGCCGGACGACGCUGCUCCAUCCUACAUCGGUCCGCAGAAAGUCGUCUUCACCACUCGCGCGCUGCAGCUCGACUUGCGCAUCGCGUACGUCGAUUUCACUGGACUAUAUCGGCUCAACGACAUGAAGUCGCUCAUUGGAAACAUCAACCCGCGAAAGCUCAUCGUCACCGCUGGCGAUGAGCAUGAAACGCAGACGCUCGCCACGGCGUGUCGCGAGGCUGAAGGCGGUCAGGCGGUGCAAGGCGAGACUUUCACGCCGCGCACGGGAGAGUGCGUUGAUGCGAGCGUGGACACGAAUGCGUGGACGGUGAAGCUGACGCGCGGCUUGAUGAAACGCUUGCGAUGGAGUCACGCGCCCGGAGGGCUGGAAGUCGUGGCUCUGGCCGGCAAGUUGGAAGCCGGCGGGGAAGAGGAGGCAGCGGCAGCGGCAGAAGAGAGCAGCGCGGCGAAGAAGAAGCUGAAGCUCAUCAAAGGCGAAGGAGCAAGCAGCGGCGCUGGCAGUGAAGGCAACCCCACCCUACCAAUCCUCGACCUCGUCUCCGCGCACCAAACUCAUCACCAGCGCACUCAACCCCUGCGUGUCGGCGACUUGAGCCUCCCGCAGAUCCGCGAAGCGGUCCAGCGACAAGGCCACACCGCCGAGUUUCGCGGCGGCGGCACGCUGCUCGUCGACGGGACGGUCGUGGUGCGCAAAAGUCCGGUCACCGGGGGCAUUGAGGUCGAGGCGGGCAAUUCGGGGUUUGGGCUGCCGCAUUGGCGCACUCGGGGGCCGGAUGGCCGCGCGAAUACGGAGGGGACGUUUUAUGCGGUGAAACAGUUGAUUUAUGAUCGGUUGGCUGUUGUCAUUGGGGCGUGAGAGUGGACUCUAGUAUCUAGAAUACAACAGCUCUCCUUUUCGCUGCUGCUAUAUCUCCGUUCCCAUUUGAACACCGAUUUCUAGCCAUAGCAAAGGAGACCUCUUGAACAGCAGGUCAUUGCCACCGGUGAGCCCGAGCACGCUCAACUCCGUUCGUUCAUUCUCUGCGCCACCAGGCUGAAGAUGGCCACGGAUGACAUGAACAGUACGAGAUUGUAGAAGGCAUUGCGAGAGUACGCGCUCUCCUCGGCCUCCGUGCGCGCGUCUACGAAGAGGCGUCGCAGGUUGGGGAGAUUUGAUGCCAUGUCUCCAUCUAUCAGAUUGAUCGGGCUAUUCGGCCGCCAUGG